GCCACGUGGAAGAUCAACGCAGUUUCUACGCUUUCGUCUUGUUUUGAGUAGUUUGUUUGUUUGUUUGUUUGUUUGUCAGUAUAUCAAAGAAGUGUGAGAAUGACGGCGAUACUGACAAGACCGCGUUGAUCGAUGUGAGUACGCUCUUUCGUACAGUUUCGCGCCAACCGUGACGUCGUUGGCUGACGUCUGGACAACGUUCACUGCUGUGGAGAGGAGUUUACACGAGUGUCAGUUUGAACUCCGUUUCCUGUUGCUUACCUCUACCAUGUCAUCUCUCUCGGAAUUUGAGCGAUAUAUUACCCGCAAUAUGAGCAAACUUGUUCAAGCCUUACCCACGUCAGAGCUAAUAGAUGAUUUAGUGUCUGAAGGUCUCGCAAGUCUAGAACACGGUCGUACGUUGAGGCAGUGUAAAACAGAGCAAGAACGAACUAGAGUGCUUCUCUACGAUGUAUUGCCAUACAAGGGAGAUGAUGUCGUGGAGCGGUUUUGUAAAGUUCUCAAGGCAGCGGGACACGCGCGGAUUGUGAUAGACGUGAUGAGGAGAGGUGUGGUCUCCACAGGCCAGGCUGACCAGCCAGCACAGCAACAACAGCCCAUACAACAAUCUCAAUCUAAUCAGCAGAGUGAUGAAAUCGAACAAAAAGAAAAUAGUGCGACAGAAAGUAUGCAGGAAGAAAGUAUGACAGCAUCUGCCAAAGACACUUUCAUGAAAGAAGGGGAAGAAGCAAUACAGGAGGAAGUUGGGAAUGCUAGUAGAUCAAAGGUAGAAGCAACCGCAAGUUCACUGGAAGAGAUGGAUUCCCAAUGGGAGGAACAGUUGAAACACUGUCGUGCAGAUCUUAUAGCUGCACUUCGCCCAAUCUUGUUUUUGGAUCAUCUUCGAGCUUUCGAGUUACUUUCUCCAGAUGAACACAGAAGACUGCAGCAAAUGCCCUCUGAAGCUGAACGAUCAGAGAAGCUUGUAAGUACUAUUCUUCCUCAAAAGGGAAAGGGAUCAUUUAAUACAUUUUGUCACAUUCUUUGUUGUGUGGAGAAGCAAAAGCAUAUUGUAAGUAAAAUUCUUAAAGUACAUAAUGUAUCCUUGUCUUCUAUACAUGUGGAAAAGAUCAGUCACCCUGACAGCUAUGAGCUACCUAGAAAGAAACAACAUACGGAAGGUUUCACUGAUUUAGGCUCGGCCUCAUCUCAGCCUAGAGAAUUGUGCGAUCAUGAAAGAAAUCGAAGUGCAACGCUUUACUUCAAGGAGAAAGAUGAGGAGACUGUGAAGCCGUUUGAGGCACGUAUUAAAGAACUGUGUCAAGCAUGUUUUAAGAUACCUCAAGACAGGGUCUUGUUCUUUUACACUCUUCCACCUGCUGGUCAAAGGGUCACAUUCUAUGGUGACUCAGUCUACAAGCCUGCUAUACUUCACCUGGACCAGGUGUCACCAGAUCUUGUGAAAAAGGAAAAGAGUCGCUUAGUUUCAUUUGUUGCUGAUCUAAUACAAGUGACAAAGGAUGGCAUUCACCUCAUGGGAGUGGUUGAAGGCUCAUGUCUGGUAUUGUUUCAAAUGAGAUUGGAUGUCUACCUUAGACUUUUUUCUGCACUAACAAUGGAAGCUCAAUGCAUUGCAUUUCAUCAGUCAUUGAAGCAAACAUUUCCGGAGCUAGUUGUGGCCAAAUUCAGGCUAGGUGGUUUACCGCCGAUUAAAGUUAUCAGCAUGGAAAAAAUUUUGAAGGAAGAAGGAAGUGCAACGAAAAUGUUACAGAUAAACCAGAUGACUAUGUCAUCUCUGUCAGCAAUUGCUUUGCCAUUGAAGCGCGUGAAGAAACAGGUGAAUGGUUUGUUUGAAAUUGUUGAUGGUUUGACUGAUGAUCUCAUGAGUCAUGAUCGUCAGGUUAAGAUAGUAUUAGAUGCAACAAACGCAAGCAAACAGAACACAGCAGUAUUGGAUGAACUUGUAAAUAACAGAAUUGAUCGUGCAGUGCAGAUUAAAACAGAUCAGAAUUCUAUUGCGGCAUGUUUUACAAGAAUGAAAGUGAAAGAGGACAGCAGUACAAAAGAUGUCUAUGACAAUCUUGACGUGAUUAAAGGUUUUCAAGAAAACAUAGAGAUGAAACUAUCACAGAGACCACAAUUGGCACAGGUAACUUCAUACAGUCACACAUUGAUAGAAGGAUUGGGAACAAGAAUAGCCAAUCUCAAGCUUGCAAGGAAAAAGGCUAAGACAGAUCCAGUGGAUGAUUCUAUGUCAGCAAAAGAUGAUGCAGUUAAGAUUCAGUGGGCCAAAUUGGACUGGGCACACAAGAACAAUACACUUGGUAUGUUGAAUAAGGUUGUCAUGCUGGGAAUAGAAGACAAGGAUAAGUUGGGACAAACUUUACUUCACUAUGCUGCUUACUAUGGUAACUAUGAUGUGGUUCGUAUUCUCCUGGAGAACAAUGCAGAUGCUGAUGCUGCAGACAAGGAUGGGAAGAGACCUUUUGAUUUGGCAUUGGAAAGAGGUCACAUGUCAACAGCUGGUCAGUUAGUGUUGACAAUGCAAUCAGCUGAACAUCUUGCAUUUGAGGGUAUCUCUCAGCUGCUGCAGUGGGCAUGUGAGAAUGAAGUGGAUGUUGCAACAAAGAUUACAAAGAAAUUUUGUCAAUUAGUGGAGAAGAAGUCUGGUCGAACUUUACUUCACUUUGCUGCUCAACUUGAUCAUCGUGAGGCAGUCGAGUGUCUUUUGGAGAAGAAGGCUGAUGCAGAUGCUAAAGAUAAGGAUGGUGACAAGCCUUUUGAUUUUGCCAUCAGAAAUGGUCACAUGUCAAUUGCUGUUCGGUUGUUUUCAUUAAUGCAGUCAGUUGAACAUCUUGUAUUUAAGGAUGUGUGUAAGCUGCUGGAGUGGGCAUGUAGGAAUAAAGAAAUGGAUGUUGUAAGGAAGAUUGCAGAGAAGUUUUUUCACACAGUGGAGGAGGAGUCUGGUCGCACUUUACUUCACUUUGCUGCUGAACUUGGUCAUCGUGAUGCAGUCAACUAUCUGUUGGAGAAGAAGGCAGAUGCAGAUGCUAAAGAUAAGGAUGGUAAGAGACCAUACCAACUGACUGAUGGUGAACUGAGAAGACGACUGAGGAAAGCAAUAGAUGAACAGAAGUAUGCUGUUCUGUUUGCUGAGGGCACAGUGAGACCAGAAAUCAUCAAGUUGUGUUUCAUCGGUUCAGAAGGAGCAGGAAAGACGACACUGAUGGAGGCUCUCAAACGAGGAUGGUUCAAACGAAUUUUCACAAACGAGAAUCAAGCAGACGACCCGUAUUGUGAAGAGGAACGCACGAUUGGUAUCAACGUGAUGACAGCCAAUAUUUCAGGAGUGGGUCGUGUUUCACUGCGGGACCACGCAGGUCAAAAGCAGUUCCACAAAACCCACGGCCUCUUCUUCUCUGCAUCCAACUCGUUGUUCAUCUUGCUAGUGAGUCUAGUGAGAGGAAAGGAGAGACGACGGUGCAGCGAUGAGGAGUUGCGAGACGAGCUUCAGUACUGGCUCUCAUUUCUCAGAUCCAGUUUGGAUGGAGAGUUUAUACCCACAGUGUUGAUAAUGGCCAGUCGAGGAGAUUAUUAUCGUGAUGGUCAGCGUGUGUUGCAGCACGUGCUCGACUACAUUCGUGAGCUGUUCAAAGGCAAGAUCAACAUCAUUCAAGAAUGUUUGGUUAUCGACUGCAGGAGUAGUUCAUCUCCUGAAAUGAGAGAACUGAAGAGAGUGUUGCGUGGUGUGAAGCAGCAGCUACAGCAAUCUGCUCCUCUGUAUCCUCGUCUUUGUCAGCCAGUCGUGUCCAAGUUGCUUCCUUCUCUCGUAAGAAACAAGAAGAUCCAUUCAUGGAGACAGCAACACUCAUGGAGAAGAUUGAGCAAGAAGCAUGUCCAGGACAAGAGAAGAAUGUUGUAGAGAAGGUAGUUGGUUUUCUGGAUGAAUCAGGAGAGAUUGCUGUUGUUGGUGAUGUGGCUGCUCUCAAUCCUGCUUGUCUACAUCAAUAUGCCAUCGGUCCUAUUGUUGCUUCCAAGGAUUUCAAGUGGCAUGUCAAGUCAGAGAGAAAUGAUGGCACAGUAACAAAAGAAGA